AUGGACAUAACUGGUCCGCCCUGCAAUGAACUCUUUCGGGAGAGGUACAUUUUCUGCCUUCUGGGUGUGUUUGGCAAGCUCUUGCCCAAUCAUAUUGAAGUAUUUCUGGCAGCUCGGCCAGUCAAUGGAAUUGCAACCGUAACAAGGGAGACUCUGUUAGUUCAGGUGAUCACUGAUAUGCUUUUCCUUUGUGGGCGCGCCUUUUGGACCGGGGUCUACUUGCGCUUUAUUCCUUUCUAUCUAGUUGACUUCCAGCUAGCGGAUCUGCUAAGCACAGGAUACUGCCUCGGAUUAUUUCUUGGCCCUGUGAUUAUUGGAAACAUAUCCCCAAUGUACAUUAGACUACAUAGCCCUUUGCAUCCUACUUUGAAUUUUGGCAGAUUUGGCUGGCGAAGCUUUUUCUGGCUCUCGCUGGCUAUGACUACCUUCAGUUUCCUCACUGCUCUCUUCUGCUUUCCGGAAACCAAGUUGCGCGGCGAGAAAGCAAAUGGUACAGUAACGAAUGAAUUGAAUAAUUCGGAAUGUAAAAGGGCAAGAGCAGCCGAGCGUCUCCGGAAGAGAGAUUUGAACACCUAG